GUGUGUUUUGACUGCGGAGCAAAGAACCCUAGCUGGGCCAGCAUAACAUAUGGUGUUUUUCUCUGUAUUGAUUGUUCGGGGACGCAUCGAUCACUUGGUGUUCAUUUGAGUUUCAUUCGAUCUACAGAACUGGAUUCCAAUUGGUCUUGGUUUCAGCUGAGAUGCAUGCAAGUUGGAGGAAAUGCAAAUGCUUCUGCUUUUUUCCAUCAACAUGGAUGCACAACAAAUGAUACCAAUGCAAAGUAUAACAGUCGUGCUGCUCAGCUUUACAAGGAGAAGAUUAAAUCACUUGCAACACAGGCAACAAGAAAGCAUGGUACUGAUCUGUGGACAGAUGGAUGUGGAAUGCCACCUGUGUCACCUCAAAACAAAGAGGAAGACUUUUUUGCAUCCCAUGUUUCUCCCAAGGCGAAGAAUACAGAAUGGGUGUUAUCAGAGCCAGAGCCAGUUUCUCUACAGCAGAAAACUUCAGAAAAUAUUCCAGAAUACUAUGAAGGACCAGAACAUGGACCAAGUGUUGAUUGCCUUAGUACACCACCAAAAGCUGCAUUAGAGAACACCACCUUCAUUAAAAAGAAGCCAAAUCAAGCUAAGAAGGGGCUCGGUGCCAAAAAAGGUGGUUUGGGGGCACAAAAAGUGAGCAGCCAAAGCUUUAAUGAGAUUGAAAAACAAGCACAAGCUGUAGAUAAAAUGAAGGAACAAGAGGAUCUUCAUAGCAGUAAGAAAAUUGAGAAGGAAGAGCCACUGUAA